UAAACAUAAUGUCCUUUUCUAAGCCUCUUCGAUUUCUCUCCGAGUCCCUACGCUCUCAGAUCCGUUCAGGUCUCUCCCUUUCAUCUCUAGUUCAGUGUGUCGAGGAACUGGUCCUCAAUAGCAUUGAUGCUGGAGCAACUCAAAUAACAGUACAUGUAGACAUAUCCCAUCUUUUAAUAAAGGUGUUUGAUAAUGGAGUGGGUAUUGGAAAAGAAGACAUGAUGAUAAUUGGCGAGCGUUAUGCGACAAGCAAAUGUCACUCUCUCAAAGACUUGGAGGAUUUGCGUUCUUAUGGCUACCGAGGUGAGGCUCUAGCAAGCUUGAUCAAAAUCUGUGGUAAGGUAGAUAUCACAUCAAGACAGCGUCUGUCUCCCCUCACAUAUACAAAGAGCUUUCAUUCUGGAGUUGCUUUCCCUUUAAAAGAAUCUCUUUCAUCGUUGCAUCACAAAACCGGUACCACAGUAGCCCUCUCUGAUAUAUUCCAAUCUCUCCCGGUGAGGAGGAAGAGUCUGUCAGAGCCCGUAGAGCUAGAGAGAAUAAGACGCUCUCUCUCUGCCAUUGCUCUCAUUCAUUCCUCUGUAUCAUUCUCUCUUCAUGAUGGCUCCUUUGGCAAUGGGAGACUUUUACUUCAAACAAAAGGAACUGGAGGGAUGCUUAGUGCUUUCUCUUUUUUGUUUGGCAAGGAGAUUGCUCAGUCUCUAAGGGAAGUGUCACGGAUUGAGGCAGGGUACACUGUUAGUGGAUACAUAUCAACUUCACCUCAUCACAGUAAAUCUAUUCAAAUGAUAUACAUCAAUAAGAGACUGGUAUGUAAGACAAGGCUUCAUUCACAUGUUAAUAAGCUCCUUGAUAACUCACUCAUUGCUCAUUGCAAGGACUCUGCACAGUAUAAUAGAUCCCAGUCAAAGACUAGAGUUGGAGGGGACAUGAGUCCUAAAGCUGUUUACUCUGAGAGAUUUGGUGUCUAUGUAUUGAAUAUACAGUGCUCCAAGACAGAGGUUGAUAUUUUUAUGGAUCCUGAUAAGAGCCUGGUUGAGUUUAAGAAAUGGGAUAAAGUUUUAUCGGUUUUAAGUUUGGCUGUGAGAUCUUUUUUGAAAGAGCACCAUCUUUCUCUCAGAGUCGAGAAAUCUCUUGUCCCUUCCUCUUCAUUCCUUAAUGAUGGUGAAUCAAACAAGGAGAAUGAUGCCUGCAUUUCAUUUGGUGUCUAUUCUCAUUCUGUGCAAAGGCUGUCUCCACCAAGUGUUUCUGCUCCAAUGACCUCUUACCCUCCUCUUACUUCCCCUUCAAGAAAGAGAGGGAUAAUAUCAUUAAAGAUUAAAGAGAAACUCCUAGGGAGUGACAGAAAGCGACUAAGAGUGUCUUCAUCAGAUGAAAAGGAUUGUAGUUCUGUUCCUUUCAACAGCAGUUCACAGUCUCAUUCUUCUUCUAAUAACAAUUCCACUAAAUCAAACAUUGAUUCACCAUCACUUACUUCUGACUGCAAAUCCCUCAGUAGUACUGACUCUCACUUAAAUUCAUGUGUGUCUUCUAGUGCUGCUCCUCCUGCAAAAGAGCCCAGUCUAUGGCAACUUAUAACAGGGCCUGACUCUAAGCCACUCUAUAUUAACAAAGCAACUGGUAAUUGUCAGUCUGAGCCUCCUGCAUCUCUUCUUUCUCCUUCUAACAGUAGCAUUGGAUCAACUUAUGGCUGUCAGCCGUUAAGAGCUGCUCCUCACCUCACCUAUGGCUUCAGUCCUCUCCUACCAAAACCAAAACAAAUACAAAACUCACAGACUUCUCUUACUUCUCUCCAUACAUCUACCAUCACUCCAAUAGGGAAAGCUGCUUCAUCUAAAAGUAUUACUAGGGACAAUGAGAGCCUAAAGAAUAAUAAAUGGAGGGAGAGAAGUGAUUCAAUACUCUCAAAUUGGACUAAUCCAGCAUUUAGAGGUGAAGAAGGGCCGGCCAUAACUGAUAUAGGCUUAUCUAAAGCAUCUUCCUCUCAGAUCAAAGUUCAUAGCCUCAUAAAUUCCUACAAAUUCACUACAGAUAUGUUGAAACAUGUGAAGGUUCUUGGGCAGAUAGAUAACAAGUUUAUUGCUUGUACAUUGAAGACUGAAGAGCUUAAAGAUGAUUUGCUUGUUCUGUUUGAUCAGCAUGCUGCCGAUGAAAGGGUUAGACUUGAAGCUUUAACUGAAGGAAUAUAUGAUUUAGCUACAGGAAAUAUCAAGUCGGUCCGAAUCGAUCCAUCUCUUACACUUAAAUUGAAUGAGUUGGAUAGAAGAUUAGCUCUAACUUAUGCCAGAGAACUGAAGAAUAUUGGAGUUAAAGUGUCUUGUAAACACGAGAUGCUACUAGUCAGUGAGUUGCCUGCCAUAUUGACAGAGAGAGACAUUGGAGAGAAGCAGAAGAUAAAGCUUGCUCAAGAUCUUAUCUUAAAACAUUUGGAGUUAUUUUGUCUAAAGACUGUCAGCGAGAAAGUUAGAGGAGGAGGAGGAGCUAUGCUCCCAAUUUCAUUACACAAAGUACUCUGCUCAUUAGCUUGCCAUGGUGCUAUUAAAUUUGGUGACUCUCUUACUGUAGAGCAAUGCUCAGAGCUCAUUGCUUCUUUAUCAAAGUGUAAGCUUCCUUUUCAAUGUGCUCAUGGCAGGCCUUCUCUAAUGCCUAUUGUGAAUCUAAGUUUACUGGAAAAGAGAUUUCCUCCCUCUCAAUCUGGUCACACUACUACUAAUAAAUUAAAUUUGAAUAAAUUAAUACCAAAAUGAAAACAGUGACAGUGAAUGAUAAUAACAUUAUUUUUAGUCAUAACAGCAGAAGAAUUUAUUGAA